CCGGAUCCGACGCGUUGAAACUCGAGCUGGCACUCUUUACUCCUCUCAGGUUCUACUGACCCUACUAUGUUGAGGCGUAUGCCAACAACCGCAGAUGGAAAAGUGGUUGAUAGACUUCAAGACAGUACUCGAAUCAACAAGCCAUUCAAGCCACCCAGUUUCAGCAACGCUCAACAACGCGUGCAGCCAGCACGUAAACGCAAGCGGGUAUCCUAUCAAGGUCAGGAAGUUGAAGAUUCGGAUUCAGACUCUGGGAAUGUCGGAAAGAAGAAGAAGAAGAAAGGAGAUAGGGACGAUAGCUUCCUGAACGAAGAAGAGUUAUUGGCUGCGGUGAAGCACUAUCCCGUCUUCAAGCCAAAACCCUUUGAUCAAGUACGACGGUUUUCCAUGCCCACAAUGCGGAAUAAAGACGGCGAGUGCGUUGCACUUGUCCCUACAAAUAUCUCCCUCGGUAUUCGUCCUCCUACCAAAUUGAUUCCCCGGCCACUGCAUGAUCCAAUGGCCGACCAUGCAAUUGUCCUGUACGACCCUACGAUCGAUGACCGAGAAACGGAUCAAGAGAGGAAAGCAAGAGAGAAGGAGGAGGAGAAGGACAGAGCAGCAAAACAGGCGCUUGAGCGUGCGGCUGGCAUGUAUAAUCCCCAUAAGAGUCUCAAAGUUCUUCUGGGGGAGGACAAGAUGAAGAAGGACAAACUGGAGAAGGUCGCAGUGGUUAUCGAUCCCCGUCUCUCUAAAGUAUUGCGGCCUCAUCAAGUUGAAGGCGUGAAGUUCUUAUACAGGUGUACUACUGGUAUGCUAGUCGAGAACCAAUAUGGGUGCAUAAUGGCGGAUGAAAUGGGACUUGGAAAAACCCUCCAAUGCAUAACCUUGAUGUGGACCUUAAUCAAGCAAUCCCCACAUCCUGGCAAGUCCUCCAUUGAAAAGUGCAUUAUUGCAUGCCCUUCGAGCUUGGUGAAGAACUGGGCAAAUGAAUUGGUUAAAUGGCUGGGUAAAGAUGCCAUCAAUGCUCUCGCAGUAGACGGGAAAGGUGGAAAGGCUGAGCUUAUUGUGAGGGUGACACAGUGGGUAGCUGCGCAAGGAAGAAAUGUAACACAGCCUGUGAUGAUCGUUUCGUACGAGACCCUUCGAACGCUUUCCGAAUAUCUAGCAAAUUGCACCAUCGGUUUACUCCUUUGUGAUGAGGGUCACCGCUUGAAGAACUCUGAUUCGCUCACGUUUCAGGCUCUUAAUGCCUUAAAUGUCAAAAGGCGCGUGAUUCUGACAGGUACUCCUGUUCAGAACGACCUCUCAGAAUACUUUUCCCUGCUAAAUUUCGCAAAUCCCAACCUUUUGGGAUCGAAAAUUGACUUCCGGAAAAACUUCGAAAAUUCUAUUAUCCGUGGGAGGGAUGCCUCUGCUAGUGACGAUGUCAAAGCAGAGAGUGAGAGGAAGUUAAAAGAGCUUGGAGGACUGGUGACGAAAUUCAUCAUAAGAAGGACGAAUGACUUGCUUUCCAAAUAUUUGCCGGUCAAGUAUGAACAAGUGGUCUUCUGUGGGCUAUCAGAGUUCCAGCUAUCGCUAUAUCGCCUUUUCAUCUCCUCGCCUGAGAUCAAAGCAUUAUUGCGUGGAGCGGAUUCUCAACCGCUGAAGGCGAUAAAUAUUCUCAAGAAACUUUGCAACCAUCCGGAGUUGCUGAAUCUCCCGGACGAUUUGAGAGGCUCAGAAAGUCUGAUUCCGGAAGGUUUCCAAGGGGCUAGAGCGAAUCCCGGUCGGGGAGGGCGAACUAGCCAAACCGUGCGCUGUGACUGGAGCGGGAAGUUCAUGGUGCUUGAACGAUUUUUGCACCACCUCAAAACCCAGACGAAUGACAAAAUUGUUUUGAUCAGCAACUAUACUCAAACUCUCGAUAUAUUUGAGAAACUGUGUCGCAGCAAGAAGUAUGGUUACUUCAGGCUGGACGGGACUAUGACCAUUACCAAAAGACAAAAACUGGUCGAUCAGUUCAAUAAUCCCGAAGGAAAGGAGUUUAUCUUCCUCCUCAGUAGCAAGGCGGGUGGUUGUGGUAUCAACCUCAUCGGUGCAAACCGCCUUAUCCUCUUUGAUCCCGAUUGGAACCCCGCCGCCGAUCAGCAGGCUCUUGCUCGUGUUUGGCGUGACGGUCAGAAGAAAGAAUGUUUCGUGUACCGCUUCAUCUCCACCGGGACUAUCGAAGAGAAGAUUUUUCAACGUCAAGCGAACAAGCAAGCACUCUCGUCUUGUGUCGUGGACGAGAAAGAGGAUAUGGAACGUCACUUCUCUGUUGACGCUCUCCGCCAGCUCUUCCUGUUCAACGAACAUACUUUAUGUGAGACUCACGAGACAUUCAAGUGCAGACGCUGUCGGGACGGGAAGCAGAUUGUGAAAGCAUCUGCCUUGCUAUACGGCGACGCAAGCACAUGGAACCAUUUUACUAACGGAGAGCUGAAGAAUAACCACGACGACCUCCUGCGUGCCGAGGUUGGUCUGCCAGAGGUUUCCUUUGUUUUUCAAUACAUUAGUCACUAG